UCAAUUAGCAUGACGUCAGGUCUUGUGACCUAAAGGGAGCCCUCAAUUGGUGAGACCCCCAUUCGAGACAAUUGGGGUCCCGUUACCGGACCGCACCUCGUGGCAUCGUCCGAUCACGUUUUCAGCAAGAACUCACAGGAAGCUAGCAUCUAAACAUGGCGACAGAAAUGAUGGUUCCUGUGGAUACAUCAAUGCCUGACAUUGAGGAAACAGUUCCUGAUGACAUUGUGAUACCAGGUGUUCAACAUGAAAGAAUUGUAGUUCAAGGGCCAGAUGAAGUAAUUGAAACAGAGCCACUAACAUCUACUGUUGAUGCGAGCAUUGUAGUCCAAGAUUUAGACAAUUUUGAUCAUACAACAAGCUCAGCUGGGAACAGCUCUCUUGUAGAUGGAGUGAUGACCACGACCGUUGUACACAGUAGACUCCCAGAUGAUGAUCUGGAGGACGACGAGGAGAUCUCGAAUGAUGAGGAAGAUGACAUAUUUAUGUCAAGUUCUGAUGAUGAAGUGCAGGAUGUGAUUGUGGAUGAUGGGGGCCAGGUUGAUGAUGAUGAUUACAUUGUGGAUGAAGACGAUGUAUAUGAUGAUGAUGAUUAUAUUGAAGAGGACGAGAGCGCUCCAUACAAACCACGCAAAAAAGGUCAUGGACGACGAAUAUCGUCUUCUUUAAAGAGGAAACCGCAGGGGAUGUACAAGUGCAGUGAGUGCUACAAGGCAUUUGCUUUGUUUGAGAACCUUCAGAAGCACAGCCGUCUUCACACUGCCGAAAGUCCUUUUGCCUGUCAGAUUUGUCGCAAACCGUUUACGAAACCGAGUGCUUUGGAAAGACACAUGCGUACGCACACAGGCGAACGCCCAUACAACUGCGACAACUGUGGCAAGGGUUUUACACGGCGAAGCCACCUUCAGCGUCACGUCAAGCUGCACUACAGUAGCCAGCCCUAUCGUUGCUCAGAAUGCCGGUCGGCGUUUACCACUGAAGAAGCAUUAUACGAACACAAAACUAUCCACGUGUCUCAAGCACCGACCGACAUUCAACAAUCACAGAGAGGAGGCCAGUCAGCCCCUAGCAUGGAGUUUCUUGCCCAGGCGGCUCUUUUGGCUGGUGCUGAGCUGCUGAAUGGUCAGCCAGCUGAAGGUAGUCGAUCUCAGUUGGCAUACAAUGCGAGACAAAUGGAGGUAUUGAUGAACCAGCAGACGAGAGAGCAAGCGGCCGAAGCGAGCGGAGGAAUAAUGUUAGCCGAAGGCAAAUACAAAUGUCGAAAAUGUGCGAAAACGUUUGCCAAAUUGGGCAGCUUGGAGAAGCACGCCAUACUACACACCAAUCAGAGUCCAUUUAAAUGCCAGUAUUGUCACCGUGGCUUUCCAAAACCGAGCAUUCUAAAGCGACACACGGGUGUGCACUUGAGAGAGCAGGACAUUGCAGUUCGAAGAAAACCUCACUCGUACAUGUCUGCAACGUCUCGGAGGAGGCAAGCGAGACAAGUUGAAGAAGAAGAACAAGAGGAGGUGUACGGUGAACAAAUGGGAGAUGGAUGGGAAGGCGAAACCGGAAAGAAGAAGUUCAAAUGUGAACACUGUUGGCAGUCGUUCGUGUUUGAGGAGAAUCUUGAUAGACAUCAGUUGCGGCACACGGAAGCGAGUCCGUACAAGUGUGGCACGUGCAAGCGUCCUUUCACGAAACAAAGCAAACUGCUGCGACACGAGAAGACACACCAAAUAUCGUCUGCUUCAGGUCAGGGUGGUGGAGUGUCAGGUGAUAUGGGUCAAGAGGAGCUGGACGAAGUCCCAAGAGAUAUCAAUGAUGAUGUCCAAGCUAUUUUGGCUGCAAGCUCAAAAGGAAAGGGAAGACAGUCAAAGAAGAAGGGACACCACCGUCGUCGCUCGAGUGGUUUGACUGGCUCUACACACAAAAGUCGACGGGGCAAAAAGAGGAAGGUGCUGGUGCCGAGGGCAGAAAAAAGGGCGGCAAAGAAACACAAAGGACAUCUUGCAAUGCAAGAACCUGACAUGGACAGUCUUCCUGGUCACCAAAUCACUCCAGUUGAUGCAAACAAUAAAUCACCAGUCGGUGCUCUCCAUAUCACAUCAGUCGAUUCAGUCGAAGUCCCUCUUCCUACUGCUGCCCCUCCUGAACAACUAAUGGAUAGUCCACCUCCCAGAACUGAAGAAGAAGUUGUUCUCGAUGGAGAGGAAGUUGUCGAUGCUCCUGUCGAUACCGAUCAUAUAGAUGCCAGUGGUGAGAUGGUAGUCCAACAGGAUGAUGUUGUGGUAAAUGCAGAGCACAUCGAAGAGACACCAGUGGAAGAUGGCAGCGAAAUGCUUGUUGUCUCGACCGUUGCAGAUGACAUUUUGGAGACGAUACCGACUGGAACAUCAGCCGGUAAUCACAUUAGCUUCUCGACUGAAUUUGCAUCUGUGUCGGAGGAAGAUGGCGACACUUUAGUUGUUAUGGGACCAAUCGAAUCGGAUCCUGUCGGACUUGAUAUUGACGAAGAUGAUGAAGGGUGAACAAACGAAUGCCCUGCCUGUUCUACCAGUGUGGGAUUCAAUGCAAGCCCUGUGACUCUACUUGCAGUGAAAUCGUAGGGUUCUCUAUGUUUUGUCUUUGCCUUGAUAAAUUCGAUUAACAGUAACUUGCCGGUUAGUUUUAUCAAUGUCUUUGUUUCAUACGUGUGGAAUUCGUGAUAAUAUGUGUGAUGACGUAAUGUAGAAA